GCGCGGGCGGAGCGGGGCCGCGGCGGGAGCGACCGAGCCCGGCCAUGCCGCUGCUGGAGCCGCCGUGGCCGCCCGGCCUGGCCCCGCUGAAGGCCGUGGAUGACUUGCUGCGCUGCGGGAUUUGCUUCGACUACUUCAGCAUCGCCGUGAUCAUCCCGCAGUGCUCGCACAGCUAUUGUUCCCUUUGUAUCCGCAAGUCUUUGUCCUACAAAACGCAGUGUCCAACGUGCUGUGUGGCAGUCUCGGAAUCUGACCUGAAAAACAACCGGAUUUUAGAUGAUCUAGUGAAGAGCUUUAAUUCUGCAAGGCAGCAGCUGUUGAAUUUGGUGUUGGAAGCUCCCCCGGUUCCAUCCCCCCCGGCCCACAGCCAGCCUCCGGCUGCCGAGAGCCACUGGAGUCCUGUUCCUCAGCCAGAGUCUGAAGAGGUGCCAGGCAUUGACAGCUCCUUGAGAAAGGACAAAGUCUGCACCUCCACGAAGGCAGGUGGCCUGGCAUGGACUGGUCAGAAGAGUUUCGAAACUGAGGAGCACCAUGACUUGCACAGCACUUCUGCAGAGCUUGGUGGUAAAGACAGCACAGUGAAAUCACAAGAGAUUCCUGGGUGCAUCGAAAGUCAUGAAAAGCCUUCAACAUCUGUGCUCAAAGGAGUCAGGAAAGUGGAAUGUCCUGUGUGUGAGGUUGCUGUUCUAGAGCAGUACAUAAACAAACAUCUGGAUAGCUGCUUGGCCAGAGGGGAGAAGAAGGACAGCCUCCGAAGUUCUGAUCACAAAAGGAAGCUGAUGUCCAAAGUUGUUUAUAACCUGCUGUCAGAUCGAGAUCUGAGGAAGAAGCUCAAGGAGCACGGUCUGUCUGCCUCUGGCACCCGCCAGCAGCUCAUCAAGAGACACCAGGAGUUUGUGCACAUGUACAAUGCCCAGUGUGAUUCCCUCAACCCCAAAUCAGUUGCAGAGAUUGUUAAAGAGCUGGAAAAGAACGAGAAGAUUCGGGUUCAGCUGGAGUGUAAUAAACCUGGUGAAAAUAGCUUGACCUUCACAAAGGACCAGACAGAGGAAGAAAUAGAUGAGAUCCACACUGACUAUCGAAACAAACACAGAAGUGAAUUCAAGUUUUUGGUGGAUCAAGUAAAUAAACGGUGGAAGAAAAUAGGUGAGAGGAAAGCAGAAAGUGCUCAAAACAAAGAGGAAGUUGCUGUCAAAGAGCUGCCAGCAGCCAUAGAACCUGGGGAAGAGGAUCAUAGAGCUGCUGUCCCUGGAAAAGCCCAAGCACUCCAGUCAGAAGUUCCUGAUGGCCAAAGAAGUGACACUGACAGCUUGAAGGAAUGGCAGAGAUCAUCCUCCCCUGAGCUGUCCCUGUCAUCUGGCUCCUCGUGCAGCACCAAUUCGGACAUUCUGGCAGAUGUGGAAGGGUCUGAGACGUGUUCAGCAUCCUCUGACAGCAGCAGCUCCGUGGCUCCGGCCGGGAACAGGAGGAGGCUGCGGCGGCCGCACGUCCCCGAGAGCAGCGGGGCGACGCCGCGGGGCAAGAGGAAGAGGAGCUAGUGCUGCCAGCGUGCCCGGCUCAGCCUGGGCAGCCCCCCGGCCCUCCCAUCCUCUGCGUGUCUGGCUGCUGAGUACAGCUCUGUUCUCACAUCCUGCCAUCCCAGCUGCCUUCCUGACCAGGCUGGCGGCUUCGCCCGCAGCCCCGUGGGCCGCCGGUGGCCGAGGGUGGGCACAGAGCGGCAGAGCCCCGCGGGACUGACCUGGCUGCCGUGCCCAGCUCCCUCGCUCUGCAGCACCUGGCUGCGUGCUGCCACUGUCCUGCUUGCGUCCUGUGCCAGCCUCACCUGCCCCUGGGAGCGGCUGCAGGACGCUGUUUGUUUGGGCGUGGGCAGGUACUGGUGCCCCAGUUCUGGCACUGCCAGGGGAGGGAGGGACCAAGGAGUGCAGGGAGAUUCUGCCCUGCACUGACAGGCUUUGUUAUAUGUCUGUGUAAACAUACUCAGUAUUGUGUGUCAUUAUUUCAGUUUGGAGUCCUGAAACUGGGAAGGGAAGGCUGUUGGACAUGCAGCAUUUUAGCUUUCAAGCACACAGUUACAUUGAAAAGUCUGAUCUUCCUUACGAGGUGGUGGGAUUUUGUGAUGCAACGAAGCACUGCAAAAAAAAAGAAGGAAAUGCAAGAAACCUGAACACCAGGGAAGGCUUUGAAAAAUAAAGCUUGUAAGAAAAUAUGAAAAUACUUCAGGUGCUUUUGCUGAGCCCUGAAGUUUCGGUCAGAGCCUGUCAAUGGGAGCUUGGAAAAGAAGACACAAAGUGUGGGUAAGAUUGAGGGUUAUGGUGUCUUGACUUCAGAGUGAAGCUGGGAUUCAGAAAUAAUCCUCCUCCAGCCGUAGUUCCCAGAAAUAUUUGUGUUUGGAACAGGCUAAAUCAUGGCAGAUAUGAACUAUCCUAAGUUCAUGAUGUGGAGAGAUGCAGAGGCAAAGGAGAAAUCUGGCUGUGUUGAUUUGGUUAAUUUGGUUAUUUUUUUACUAAACCAAACCUUUUGAAAAACAGUAA